AGUUGCUGUAGAUGGCUGAUCCCGAUUCGCUAUAACUGUGACCCGCGGGUUUAUGGGUAAGGGAUUCAGAUAUUUAAAAAUGCUACAAGUCGGCGUUCUCUCUGUGCGUUUUUGGCCGUUACAAUCUCAGCUGUCACUGAAGAUCUGGAGGUCAAAGCCGUUUUGCCGAACUAGUUUCACUGGUAACAAAGCAUUCUGUUCUUCAUCAUCUGAUUACAAAAAUAAGCCACAACAUACAGUACCAAACACACAAUAUCCUUGUCCAUCCAAAUCCCAGCAAAAUGACAAAUGUGAUAAUUUUACAUUGCUAUACAAGCUACAUGGGAUACAGUUCUGCAGAACUCUUUCAAGACUUAAAAUACUUCAGACAAGUUUAACCGUGAUAUUCCUGCCUCCUAUUUAUUAUUACUACAUGAAAGGACAAGUCACAUAUUUGUGUGUUCAAUACAGCACUGGUACUGCCGUCUUUGCUUGUAUAAUGUUGUAUUGUCUAAGUUAUUUUCUUCGGAGAAUUAUAGGAAUGAUUUACUUAAAUGAUGCUGGCACAACUGUAAAAGUUUCUCAUUUGACGUUUUGGGGCAAAAGAAAAGACCUUUUCAUUCCUAUAACAGAUAUACAAUCACUGGAAGAAACUGGAGACGACAAAAAUGAAAUCCUUCUUCAAUUUAAACGAUACAGCAAUCCAGAUGUUUUGUAUUUUACAACAAGAUUCGGUUACAUUUUGGAUAGAAAAAAGUUUUCAAUGCUUUUUGGAGCUUUUAAAUGACUGUCAUCAAAACAAUCAAUGUAUGUUUGUUCAGCCGUAAAAUGAAAAUAUUAAAGCUAUUAAAAUUCUACAAAGUAUAUUUGUUU